AUGUACAGCAACAUACUGCAACUUCAGGAAAUGGGAUUCACCCAGGAACAAGCGGAAACUGCUUUGAAACAGUCAAACAAUAACCUAGAGGAAGCCAUUGGCUACUUGUUUGGCGAGGCAGAGCAACGGCACCCCAACCAGCAGGAGAUAUUUGACGAGGGAUACAUGGAAGACACGGUCCAGAUCUCAAACCCGCUGGAUAUUCCGCAGAUACCACUGUUGACACAAAAUGAUGACGUCAACCCUGCCUCGAGAUAUGGCGAUUGGGGUGCCGAUUCAGAGGCCAGCAACGGGCGCGACGAAUCCUUGUUUGAGUUGGAGACUGCGAGCACGAGGCAGCAAGGUGUUCCACCCGCAGUGGUACCGACGCGAAAGUCAACAAUACCUGGGUUUAUCGUAGCCUUCUACAUAAUAAUUGGGCAGAUCAACUCCAUAGCACAAGCGGUCAUGAGCAAAGACCUCGAUCAGGUCUAUUCGGAUCGUUGGUUCUGCAGUGAUCUGAUGAAAGACGGCGCCGCCCAAGAUGGAGGAUCAGGCUCGCGCGAUUUCCUUGUUGAGCUUCAGCGGGUGCUUGGCUUUCUAACAGCACUCAGUGACCGGGCCCGUAUAAGCGCAGAUGGACUCUCUUGCUGCAUUCAAAGCAUCGAGUUGGAAGACUGGGAAGACGCGCUAAAGCAUAUCGAUAAGCAGUUGGUGAGCGCGGCGAAGGAUGUCUUGGACAAAGACUUGAGCAAUCUGUUUUCAUGCCAAAUAACAUUUGAAGAUGGCUCCGUUAACGACUUUAAAGUAUUUGACGUUGAGCACGUCAACAGGGGCGAAACCGUUGUGGAUACAUUGAACAACCUACUUUGGUCCGAUCAAUUGUACACGUUGGACACCGUUUCCCCAGUCAUAGCCAUCCAGUUCAGCGCCGAGGAACGAGGCGGCCAGUCGAGAGAGCUCACUGUUGAAGAGUAUUUCUACCCAUCAAUCUAUUCUUCUGCUUAUCAACCCAUCAUUCAGGAAAUGAAAGAUAAGAAGCUAGCGAUAACCAAAGCCCGUUCGGCUUUAACGUCACGAAUCAUGUCCUUAAACUCUUUUGAAGGGAAAAAAGUCCGCAGCGUGCUAGAGGCCACUCGAGAGUACUUGGACAGAAUUGGCGAGUCAGAGAGUUUUGCCGACAUUUCGAAACUUUUGGAAACCGUCAAAGCAGAGUCGAUUCGAUCAAAUGAAAAAGUCAGGAGUCUCAACACGGAUUUCUCAAACUUUGACUCAUUGAAGCAUGAAAAUGUUUUGAACCAGAUCAAAGCUUCUGAGGCAUUUGACGAUACACCACCAAGGUAUGUUCUCGUGGGAGCCAUUUUCUCAGAUACUGAGUACUUGUACAGAGCAAGAGCAUCAGACAACGAGGCACCGGAAAACGAGCAAUGGGUAUUGUUUUCGUCGGGGGAGUCGCUGGUGGAUCCUCGUGCCAUCGAUUAUACAAGUGAGUAUUUAAACUUUGAAGACGUUCAGCUGUACAUUAAAAGGCAAUCUUCUUUUCCCAAUAGACCCUUUCUCAUCGUUUUUGCCAGCGAGGACUCGCUUGCCGAUGACACGGAGGUGGUUAUUCCAAACAGCUUAAAGGAGUUUUUUGCAAAGGACAACCAAAAUUUGGCAAAAGCAGCAGCAGCCGAGGAGAUGCAAGCGGGAGAUGUAUCCGAAUCCGAACCCUUGGAAAACUAUUCACCCUCGCACCCCAGUAGAGAUCAAUCCCUCGAGGAUGACGAAGUGAACUUGAUCCAUGUGUAA